AUGGGCAAUACCGUAGUUCGAGACACCAAUAGACUUGACAACGCCAGCAUCAACGGCCUCCUGAAUGGCCUUGUAGGUCUCCAAUCUCAUUUGCUUACCUGGGGUUGGUGCAUGGAUAAGAAGCAAGUCGAUAUAUUCAAGUCCCUGGAUUCGGUCGAGACACUCCGCAAUUGCCUUUUUAGCUUUUUCGUAGCCCAUCUGGUUGGUCCAGAGCUUGGUGAUGUAGUAAACAUCCUGUCUCCUGUUGUUGGCCGGGUCCUCGCUAAUCCAUUGCUUGAUUCCCUCGGCGCAACUCCGCUCGUUGCCGUACAGAACUGCAGUAUCGAUACACCGAUAUCCAGCCUUCAAGGCUUCCUUGACAACCUCGGCGGCGUUUGUCAGUUCCCAAGUUCCCAAUCCCAUAAAUGGAAUCGUAAGCCCAUUGUUCAGUUUCACAAUCUUAGCGAGCAUGAUAGCAAUUGCAAAAAUUAA